CAACUUCAGUCGGAUACCGAGCAAGCCCGUUUAUCAUCCAUCGUAUCACGUGUGACCACCAUCGCGCUUCCGGCUCUCCGUUAUAUAGGUAGCGGACUCGUCCAGACUCCAGCUGCUCUCACCAGCACCCAUUUCAUCCGAACAACACACUCCCAAGCAUGUCUCAGUCUCUGAGAGUGAACGCUACCAGCGAGCCUUACGCUGAUCUCCCGCCGAUGUGCGUCGCACUAUUGGAGGCAAAGGCGAAGAAGGGUGCUACCUUCGACCAGAUCGCCAAGGCUAUCGGCCGCGACGAAGUCUGGGUCGCCGCGAUGUUCUACGGACAGGCAAAGCUCUCCGACGAGGAGCUCGCGAAGCUAUCCCACUUCCUCGAGAUCCCGCACGACAGCCUUGCGGCUGAACUCGGCGCGAACUGGUGGCCGCGCCGCGGGCUCGGGCCGAUGCCUCCCACCGACCCUGUCUUGUACCGUCUGUACGAGGGCGUCCUUGUGUAUGGCAAUGCUAUCAAGGCCGUCAUUCACGAGAAGUUCGGCGACGGGAUCAUGUCCAUGAUCGACUGCAAGGUUAACAUCGAACGUAAGCCGGACCCCAAGGGCGAUCGCGUGCUCUUGAUAUUCGAUGGCAAGUUCUUGCCGUACCUCAAGUGGUGAACGGUCCGUGCAGUAGUCAAUCCGAAGCGGUGUAUUCAUGUAUGCAAAUUAAGCGACCAAUGAUCUGUACUACACUCCCCGAGCAUGAAUGCUGCUGGCUGAUAGAGCCCACACGUCGCAUCUGACCAUUGCGAUGCUUUAGAUGCGACU